AAUCGUAUGUAGAUAACUCUAAGAUUUACUUGUCAUUCUCAUACAAAGACAUUAAUGAGAUUCAGCUUACAGAAGAUUUGAGGAGAAUCGCUGCCUGGUGUUGCUCAAAUAGCCUACUUGUCAAUCCCGAAAAAAUAACUUUGGUACAACACAAACGCUCAAUCAUGUGCAAGCAAGAAUUUCGAGUGACUUUCCUCGAAAAUGAACUACGACCGGUAUCUUCAGACCGAGAUUUGGGAAUGGAAUUUGAUGAAUGUCUGAGCUAUGACGAGCAUAUUACCCACGUAGUUUCAAAAUGUACAAAUUCUCUUUGCCAGAUUAAUCGCGUUAAAUAUAUUUUAGACAGCCGCACCUUGAUUGUGAUCAUAAACGCCUUGGUCUUCAGCAAACUUUAUUAUUGUUCAUUUGUGUGGGCAAAUACGUCCAUGAAAAAUAUUGCCAAACUACAAUCUGCGCAGAAUUUUGCUGCACGAAAUGUCGCAGGCACGAGAAA